AUGGCCGCCGCUCGCUCCGCUUUCGCCUCGUUGGCGCGCGUCAACGCCAACCGAUCCACGCUCCGAUCGCUCUCCACCACCGCCGCCGCCAAGCAGCCCUCGGCGUUGCUCGAAAAGGCCAAGCCCAUCGCCAGCUCGUCGCGCCUCACCACCGACCCCGCCGCUCUCACCGCCUUCCUCCCCUCCUCCUCCCGCAACGCCUCCACCGAUGCAAAGCCCCAGGAGAUGACCGUGCGUGACGCGCUCAACUCGGCCAUGGAGGAGGAGAUGCUGCGCGACGACAAGGUCUUCAUCCUCGGCGAGGAGGUCGCCCGCUACAACGGCGCCUACAAGGUCACGCGUGGCCUCCUCGACAAGUUCGGCGAGAAGCGCGUCAUCGACACCCCCAUCACCGAGUCCGGAUUCGCCGGUCUCGCCGUCGGCGCCGCACUCUCCGGCCUGCGCCCCAUCUGCGAGUUCAUGACGUUCAACUUUGCCAUGCAGGCCAUCGACCAGGUCAUCAACUCCGGUGCCAAGACCUACUACAUGUCCGGCGGCAACGUGCCGUGCCCGAUCGUCUUCCGUGGCCCCAACGGUGCCGCUGCUGGUGUGGGUGCGCAGCACUCGCAGGACUACGCCGCAUGGUACGGCUCCAUCCCCGGCCUCAAGACCGUCUCGCCCUGGUCCGCCGAGGACUGCCGUGGUCUGCUCAAGUCGGCCAUCCGCGACCCGAACCCGGUGGUGUUCCUGGAGAACGAGAUCAUGUACGGCACCUCGUUUGCCAUCUCGCAGGAGGCGCUCUCGGACGACUUCACCAUCCCGAUCGGCAAGGCCAAGAUCGAGCGCGCGGGCAAGGACGUGACGAUCGUGUCGCACUCGAUCGGCAUGAACUACGCCAUGGAGGCGGCCGAGAUCCUCAAGAAGGAGGAGGGCGUCGAGGCCGAGGUGAUCAACCUGCGCACCAUUGCGCCCAUGGACGUCGACACCAUCCUCGAGUCGGUGAGGAAGACCAACCGCAUCGUCACGGUCGAGUCCGGAUUCCCGCUCUUCUCCGUCGGCGCAGAGAUCGCCGCGACGGUCAACGACUUUGCGUUUGACCACCUCGAUGCGCCCGUCGAGCGUGUGUCGGGUGCGGCCGUGCCCACCCCUUACGCCCAGAACCUCGAGAAGCUCGCCUUCCCCGACACCGCCGUCGUCGUGCGUGCCGCCAAGCGCGCCCUGUACAAGUAG